AAAGUAAUUGGAAUGUCAAAAUAUUUUCUUCCUGACGCUUCCAGAUUUUUAAAAAUGUGUGCAUAAUUGUGCAAACGCCAUUGCUUUUUAUUUUUUUUUAUUAAAAAUACUGUGAUGAAACAAUGUUGUGGCAAAAUAUACAUGUUUGCCGUUCAAAGGGUAUAAUGUACUGGCACCAGGUAUAUUCAUAUUAUUACAUUUUGAAAAUUAUGUCUUGCAGAAUGCAUUUACUUAUACAUUGGUUAGAAUUGGUGCUAGCAUUUGACACCAGGCAGGUGUAAUUAAAGGAAACAUUGGUCUUCAGGUUUUUCCCUUCUCCACAUUGCAUGAAACUGUAAGUGCUCAACAAGUAUAUUUGUAUGGGAAAUAGCAAAUUUUUGUUUUUUAGGGUGAUUGUUUCUGUUUUCAAAAUGAAAAAGGAAUAUAUAAAAUACAGUCUUGAAACAUAGGGUACAGCUCUAGUUUCUAAAGCCAUCUAGUAUGUUCUUCCUAAAUUAAAAGGAAUCUAGUAUGUUCUCCUUCCUAAAUUAAAAGCUGUGGUCAGGAGAGAACACCAUCCAGUUUCAAACUAUUGGUGAGGCGGUCCUGAAAACCCAUUAAUGUUGGUUUGGUUUGGUUGUUUUGCAAGAAAGUGUCAGCAAGUGGUUUUAGCUGUAAUUUGAUGAAAGAAUUUCAGGUAACUUCCAGCUCUUGCACACAUGUAUAUCUAUGCUAUCCAGGAAGUAAUGAUGAGGUUUCUCUUACAUAUUAUGUAAAUGCUGAAGCUAUGCAGACAAAUUUGGGGAUGUUUUGAAGAUAAAAUUCAGUAUGUACUUAAAAGGGAAAACAGACACAUGAAAUAAUGUGAAAUAUGUGAGCUCUGCCUCCUUUAAGUUUUCUGGGAUCCUGGUAUCCAAGGAGUUAUUGGUGCCUAAGCCUUCUGUGAUGCCAGAGUUAGAUGCUUGAAAGUGAAAUCAUAUUUAACUUUAACAAUUUUUUAGUCUCUGUAUUUUAAUGUUAGAAAUAACGUGAAAGAGCUCCCUGAGGUGAAUUACUACAUGUUCCACAAACUUGAAUUUUUGAACUUACACCUUUCCUUCCCUGCACUUAAACCUUUAAUUCUCCUUGGUUUUGAUAGCCUACAUAGCACCUGUCACUGUCUAGCAGCUAUGUAUUUUAUUUCAUUGUCUGUCAAAGCAGUGAUUUUUGCCCUCUAUUUACUGCUGAGACUUUCAUACCCGCAGUACAGUAGUAGGUGCUCGAUAAAUAUUUAUUGAUUUCAUGAAAGAAUGAUUCCAAACUGGAGAAAAGAUUGACAGACUUUAAUAUCCUUGGUUGCCAAUUAACCCUUGAGAGCCAAGAUAAAGAAUAACAGCUCAAACUUCUUUAAUCUAAAGCCUUCGUAUUUGAAUAAUUGCAAAUUUAACAGCAUUCCCUUAGGCUCUUCCCCCAACUUGCCAAAAGUUAGUAUCUCCACCUAUCACCAUAGGACAGUCAUCCAGCUUAAGAAAUUUACAGUGGUACAGUACUAUUAGUUAAACUGCUGACUUUAGUCAGUCAUCAGUUUUCCACUAAUGUCCUUUUUCUGUUCCGGGAUUCAGUCUGGAGCCCCUCGUUCCAUUUAGCUGGCACCCCUCCUUAACCUCCUUCAGUCUGUGGCAGCUCUUCAGCCUCUCCUUGUUUUUCAUGAUCUUGAUGCUUUUAUAUUUUUUGAAUGAGCCUCAAUUUCGUUUUGUCAGAUGCUUCCCCUGUUUGGAUUACUGAUGUGUCUUAUUACUGGUGAUAUUCAUAUUGGUCCAUUAUAAAGAUACUGCCGUUUCCAUGUAAUUAUUAAGUAUUUGGGGACAGAUACUUUGAGACUGCUUGAAAAUACCCUGUCUCUCGAACUUUCACUCACUAGUCAGCAGCCAUUGGUGGAUCUUGCCUAGUGUCUUCAUUAACUGUAGUGGUUUGAUGGUGACUUUCAUUUCUUUCUACACUUAUUAAAUGAACUUUUUUGGUGAGAAAAAGUUGUGCCUUAUUCUCCAUUUGUUUAUUCAUUCAAUAAGUUAUAUCAGUGAAAUAUUGGACAUUCUUUUCUUUCCCUCUCCAUCACUGAAAUCAAGUACUUCUUCAAGAGCCUUGGUUCCCUUUAUUGGAGAACAGUUUAUAAAAACCAAAUUUGGGACACUAGGUUUAAACUUUCCAAUAAUUAUUAAAUUGGUUUUACAUUAUUAAAUAUAUACUGCAAACAGUUUUCUUUAGUGGUGAGACUUAGUCAUUUGCUUAUUAACAGUGUAUAAAAUAAACCUUACGUACACUUAACACUGGUGGGAAAAACAGAGAGUAAGAGACAAUGAGAGUUUUAAAAGGAAGAAAAGUACACUGCAUAGGAGAUGAAGAAACAAAAGAAGAAAAUGUCCCUGAAAAAUAUCCAUAUGAUUGCUUGGGAUUUUUCCAUAUCUUUCCGAGGCCAUUUUCAUUGUGGGGAUGAAACUGAGUUCAGAUAUGAAGCUCUGGGAGACACGGCCAGCUUUAGCUCAGGUUGCUGCAAAGCCCCAAGGCCUCCCAUUUAUUAGCAAGUUGAUAAAUGAAGCUUUUCUUCUGUCUUCAAAAGCUUCUUUCCAUUUGUCUCUUGCCAGUGACAUAUGAUGCUCCAGCAAAUGGCAUUGCCACUGAAAUGCUGAAAAGAUACUCCUGAGGUCCCAGCAGCAACACGGCUAACACAGACUUGUUUGCCCUCUGCUGGGUACACCCUGAACGAGAGUGAUGACUCCAGGCAGGUGGUAUGCAGUCCGUCCAGCUCAGGCCCAGGCUUCAAGGGAGCGGGGGCGCCUGCAGAUGGUAAAGAAGGAGGAAGAGGAUGAAGGCUACACUGCAGUGCAGGUGGCAAGGCCGCAGACACUCAACCGCCCUGGCCAGGAGCUUUUCCGCCAGCUCUUUAGGCAGCUUCGCUAUCAUGAGUCUUCUGGGCCCUUAGAGACUCUCAGCCGGCUCGAGGAGCUCUGCCGCUGGUGGCUGAGGCCUGAUGUUCUUUCCAAGGCCCAGAUUCUGGAGCUGCUGGUGCUCGAGCAGUUUCUGAGCAUUCUUCCAGGGGAGCUCCGGACCUGGGUGCAGCUGCAUCACCCUGAGAAUGGUGGGGAGGCUGUGGCCCUCCUGGAGGAGUUACAAUGGGACCAUGAUGGGACUGCAUGGACGGACCCAGCCCCUGCCCAGAACCCGGAUGUGCAAUGGAUGGGUACGAGAGCCCUUCAAGCCACACAGACAUGGCCCUCAGCCUCACCUCUCAGGAGCGGCUCUGUUCUGGGGGACCACCUGGAACCUCCUUCUGAAAUAGGAAAACGUGACUUCCUGGCUGGGCAAUCUGAUUCUCCUGCUACCCAGGUUCCUUCCCAGAGAGAGGGAUGCCCAGGAGACCAGGAAACAGCCCAGCCUCAGGAGGCCCUGACUUUUAAGGAUGUGGAGCUGACCUUCUCCCAGGAUGAGUGGGGAUGGCUGCCCCCUGCCCAGAGGAACUUGUACAGGGAUGUAAUGCUGGAGAAUUACAGGAACGUGGCUUCUCUGGUAGGGCCAUUCACCAAACCUGCUCUGAUCUCCUGGUUGGAGGCACGGGAGCCAUGGGGCCUGAAUAUCCAGGGACCUCAGCCCAAGAGUAUUCCAGCUGCUGCCCCUACAGGAGGUGAGCUCCAGAUUAAAACCAACAAGUUCAUCUUAAAACAUGAACCUUUGGAAGGAGCAGAAACCUCAGUCGUGCCAUCAGAAUGUGAUGUGACAAGUGUUUCUGAGGGAGAAUCUUUUCAGCAGAAGAGUGGGUUAAAGGAACAAUGUGAAAACCCCCUACAGAUGAGAGUUAAGAAAGAAGAGACCAAUUUCAGACACAAGACAGAAGAAGAGUCUGAAGAAUCAGGAAAAAGUAAUUAUCUUAAUCUAAAACAUGUUAUAUAUUUGAGAGGUCCCAGAAGAAAGCACUCCCUUAAACAUGGCUGUGGCAGACUUUUCAGAGGGAAUUCAUACCACUCUGAGUACAAGGAAUAUGGGAAAGGGCUUAGACACAUCAUGGGCAGGUUUAACCUGCAUCCGAGAAUUCAUGCUGGACUGAAAGGGAAUGUGAAGGAUGUAUGUGGGAAGAGCUCUAGCCUGAGCUCUCAUCACCAGCCUGGGCAGAAUCUGCACGUGGGGGGAACAUCAUACAAGUGCAGUGACUGUGGAAGGAGCUUCAGUUGUAGCUCCCAUCUUUCAUGUCAUCAGAGACUUCACUCUCCUGAGAAACCAUUUAAAUGUAGGGUAUGUGGGAAAGCCUUCAGGUGGAGCUCAAACUGUGUGCGACAUGAGAAAAUUCACACUGGAGUGAAACCCUAUAAAUGCAGCUUAUGUGACAAAGCCUUCCAACGCAUGUCUGCCUACCGAAUGCACCAGGAAACCCAUACUAAGCAGACAUUUCUAGAACCUAAUCAGUAUGAGGAUCCUCUCCCGUAUGACUCAAAGUUUGAUCAUCAUUUGAAAGACCAAACUGGGGAGAAACCCUUUGACUGCAGCCAAUGUAGGAAAUCCUUUCACUGUAAAUCGUAUAUUCUAGAACAUCAAAGGAUUCACACCCAGGAGAAACCCUAUAAAUGUAUCAGAUGUAGAAAAACCUUUAGGUGGAGGUCAAACUUCACUCGUCAUAUGAGAAUGCAUCAUGAGGAAAAGUUCUAUGAUCAAGACAAAUGUAGAGAAGAUGUUAAACAGACCUCUGCCUGCAGUCAGUCCCCGGAUGUGCCCACUGUGGAGAAAGCUUUUCUCUGCCAGCAGUGUGGGAAAACAUUUAUUAGGAAGAAAUCGCUCAUUAAUCACCAGAGAAUCCACACAGGCAAGAAGCCAUACCAAUGUGGCGAAUGUGCAAAAGAGUUUACCCAGAGGUCAGCCUUUAUUGUUCAUAAGAAGCAGCAUGCCAUUACAGGAAAACCUGAGGAUGGGCCAUCUUUUAGUGAGGACAGAACAUUCCAAGUUCCUCAGAGCAGUCAUACCACAGAAGAACCCUAUACAUGUAGCCAGUGUGGCAAAGCCUUCCGUAAUCACUCAUUUCUUCUUAUCCAUCAGAGGAUUCACACCAGAGAGAAGCCUUAUAAGUGCAGGGAAUGUGGGAAAGCUUUCAGAUGGAGCUCUAACCUCUCCCGACAUCAGCGGAUUCACUCUUUCAAAAAUCGGUAUGAGUAUCAUGGGAGUGGAAACAUGCCAAAUCUGCAGCCGCAGAUCAUCACUGAUGGAAAGCCUUUCUGGUGCCAAGAAUGUGGGAAAUCCUUUACACGGAAACGGUCUCUCUUAGAUCACAAGGGAAUACACAGUGGAGAAAAGCGCUAUAAAUGUAAUCUGUGUGGAAAAUCUUAUGAUAGAAAUUAUCGCCUUGUUAAUCAUCAGAGAAUCCACACUAAAGAGAGACCUUUUAAAUGUCAGUUGUGUGGGAAGGAUUUCAUUGCAAGGCAUACCCUCAGUAUUCACCAGAGAAAACAUACCAGAGUCGCACAGUCUGAACGCAGCCUGGCUGGGUUAUCUUCCUCCCAGGAUACAGGAACGAAUUUACAGGAAUUAAAACCAAGUGGAGAGAAGCCUAUUGGAGAUUGUAAGGAAACUUGUGACCAGAGCUCCCGGCUCACUGGACUCCUGAACAUUCCUGUUGGGGAAAAGUGCCACAAAUGUAGCACGUGUGGGAAAACUUUUAGCAAGAGCUCACAGCUGAUUAGCCACAAACGAUUUCAUACUCGAGAAAGGCCCUUCAAGUGCAGAGAGUGUGGGAAGACCUUCAGGUGGUCUUCAAAUUUGGCUCGGCACAUGAAAAACCAUAUUAGAGAUUAGCCUGGGGCCUGGCAAUGGCAGGAGAAGGAUCCCUAGGCACUCUGCUAAAGAACAGGGGGAACCCUCACAAAGGUCUCUGUUUUGGAAGCUAGUGGCAGAGAAUGCUGAGAGGCUUCAAAAACUCAGGGUGCCCCCCCAUCCUACCCACUGGGAAGUGAUAUGCUAGGAAAGAGCAGCAACAUGUUCUUUGGGGCCCUCCAGGAGUAGCCUUGGCACAAAAGCCUGGGGCUCCCAGCCUCAACUCUUAAGAAAGAGACCAAUGCCCUUUGUGGUUUGACAACAUGCCUGUGGCAUGGUGGACUGUGACUGCUGGGAAGAGCCAGUGGAUCUUAAAUUUCUCCUUGGGUGCUUAUUCUGUUUGUUCUUGUAAACAAUGGCAGCAAAACAGUAGCAAGAACUCCUAGUUUACCUAGACGUCUCCUGGCAAGCUGUGGCCGUGGCUUCAGCCUAUACUGCUGGCUUUUGAUUCCUGCCAUGGUCACAGGAAUCAACAGCAGACAGCAAGUGGAGGAGGGCAGAGUGCUAGUCUCUAUCACCCGGCGAAUGGAGCUCUACAAGGGCCUCAUCACCAUCUUCCUGCAGGUGUGCAUGGCAGCAAGGGUUCAUCUGUUUAACAGAAAUGUGUGGAGCACCUAUUGAAUGCCAGGUACUGUUGUGUGUGCCAGAAAACUAGCAGUGUCUGGAACCAACAAUCUGCUGACUUGGAUCUUUAUAGAUGAUAAGCAAAUGAGCUAUCUAGUAUUUUGGGUGGUGAUAUGUGUUGUAGACUUAAUAAAUCAGCAGUGUGAGAAGGGAGUGUUGGAUUGGGAGGUACAUUGUGAUUUUAAAUAGGCUGGUCAGGGAGUGCCUCAACUAGAUGAAAUUUGAGCAUAGGCCUGAAGGCGGUCAGGGAGUGAGCCCCGAGCUCUAUAGAUUCAGGCAUAGGCAGUGGAGACUUGCCUAGUGUCCUUAGGAAAUGGCAAGGGGAACCCCAAGCUGGGGUGGUUGAGUCAGCUGGAAAAGGGGCCCGGAGAGCUGGGAGGCUGAGCUUCAUGGGUCCUCGCUGGGACUUGGGCUGCUUCCGAGGGAGGUAGGAAACUUUGGGUUGGCUUUGACUUGAGGUGUAAUAUGGUCUGAGUCUGAAGUACAUCUUCAGGGCUUAACUAGAGGAGCAAAAACUCAGGCAAAUCAUGUAGCAAAAGACUUUUAUGCACUUGUCUCUGCUGCCAGUGUCCAUAAAUGGGAUGCUCUCUCCACCCCCAUGUCUGAAUUUCCUGUAAGACCUCUCACCAUCACCAGAGGUGAGUCGGGGCACAUUUAUGAAAGAGACCAUUCCUGUAGUCAGAAGAAACCAAAUCCUGGAGUAGCUUCAGUAGAGUCAUAAUAAAAAAUAAUCUUACCCAUUCUGGCUUGCCACGGCAGGUGAAAAUGAAGGCUCUGAUCCCUGUGUGGGAUGUCACAUGGGAUGGCCAAGGGGGAGGGAAAAGAGACACUGGACAGGCAUCUCCUGUUGGUGUUUGGUACCCACUAGGCUUUGUGUUCUGGAAGAUUUGGUCAUCUUGACUCUGUACCCCUUCUGCUUUCCCAUGGCAAUAGUUGCCCACAGCCUGGAAUCAUGUGUCCUUUCAUUGGAACAGUGCCUAGAAGAGUUUGGACAGGGACCAGGUCCCAUGUUUUGAGGGCCUAGGGUCAAGGGAAGGUCCUUGGAGUCAUCAGGUAUUGAUUCUAGGUCCACUGUGCUUUUCCUUAGCAGGACAUCCUUAGGUGAGUCACUGAGCCCCUGCAUCUGCUUCCGUGUAACAUUAGAGUAACUUACUGUGCUAUCUGGCUCUGGGCUUGGUGAACGAGGGCCCAGCUUGCUAAGGCUCUGGAUUAGUUGGCUAAUUUAUAGGACCAGAGCCCUCACAGAACUGCUACUCCCAUAUCAGUUGGUGCCACAACCAUGGAAGUUCCCCUUUUCUGUCCAUAUUUUCAUUGCUCCACUCCUUAGGCCACCUAGCACAUCAUAGAGUUCCUGCCUCAAUAGAGGUGUUUUUACUGCCAUUUUAAUAAAAUGAGAUAUACUUAUUUUUAAACAUUCAAGUCAAAAUUUUAAAUUCAUAAAGAAUAAAAUAAAAAUCAAGUGAAAUUCCUCUAUACUGAGGUAAGUUGUUAAUAUUUUGGGAUUGUACUGAUGCAGUCUGUUCAAUAACCUGAGUUUUUAACUAAUUCUAGUGGUUUAAAUAUGUGAUUAUGAAAAUAUUAGUAAAUAUACAUUAGCUAAAAGGACAAGGAAAAGUGAUUCUUUGGAACUAAAAGUCUGAUGAUAUGAGUGUUGAACUUCACUUGAUUGCCUCUCCUUGAAUGUCCCUGGACUGACCUGCCUUGUGCUGGCCACCUUCACCUGGAGUGCCAGAAGCACUAUUCAUGCUGGCCGAGGUCCUCACUCAUGAAGGCCUAGUCUUCCCUGAUUCUCGCCCCUCUGUACCCUCCCUGGCUGCACCUCCGCUGUUCUUCUAGCUGCUCUGAUAGAUGUUGUCUGGGUUACUCCAUCACUGUAGUCAGACCGAGUACUCUGGAGGCCAGGGUUGGGUGCUUAUUUAUAUGUGGUGUAGAGAAGAUUUGCACAGAGUUGCCUCUAAGGUAAGUCAGGAUUGGAGUAUUUUGAAGCGGCUCUUGAGUGAAAUGUUGACUAGAGGCCUCCCACAAGCAUGCUUCUGCUAGUUAGGAUCACAGCUACGAUGAUUCUGAGAUGUAUGGCUCCAGCGGAUGGUUUUUGAUUGUCUCAGUCACCAGUUGUCCUCUCAUACCUCAUCCUGCCUGGACAACUUGCAGCCUUCACCCAACCCUGUCCCACUUCAUUUUGCUUUGUAGAAGGAACUGACGUUGGGGCUGGGGAGAGGCAGAGGGACUGGACCGCCACAGGGAGGAGGGGUAACAGAAGGUCUUUCAGUUAGCUGUUGAGUGAGCUCAUUCCUUCCCUUGCUGGCAGGGACUUUCAGCCCAGACAGGCAUGUGCAGAGAAGGACAUACAGGGCAUGUAAAUUAAUACGGACCCUCUCACUUUCAUCAAGUUCCUGUGGAACUGGGAACACACUGCUAUGGGAAUGGAAAUUGUGUCAACUACUGUGCCAAGCAAUUUGCCAGAUCUCGUAAAGUUGUGUGUCCUCUACCACCCAACAUUUCUACUCCUGAAGAACUCUAGAGAAGCUCUGUGAAGAAGGAAAUGUGUAUAAGACUUUUGCAGUAUUGUUUAGCUGGCAAGAUUGGAAAAAGCCUAAAUUGCCAUCAACAGAAGAACAGGUAAAUAAAUGGGUUGUUUUGGGGGUCUUUGGAAAGUGAAUAGAAAAGAGAGGUACAUUUUACAUUGGUUUUAACAGACAAAUCAAAAUUGAUGCUGAGCAAGUUGCAGAAGGUAUAUACAAUAUACCAUUUAUGUAAAGUUAAACAACUGUGUCUGUGGGCACAUUUAAACUUAGUUGUGUUUCAUUUUUUCUGUAAAAUGGAAUAGUAGUGCCAGCCUCACAGGAUGAUUGGGGUUGGGGAAACAGUUAAUGAAAUAUUGCAUGUAAAGUGCUUAGAAUAGUAGCUGGCAUGUAAGCAUCGUUGGCACAAACAGUGUUGUUACUGUUUUGCAUAAUAUAUUUUCAGUGGAUUCAAAUUAUAUGAAGUUCAAGUGACAUGUACUAGGAUGAUGUGUGAAAGAGAUCCUGUGCCUUUCCAGGGCAGGAGUUGCUGAUGAAAUCAGGGCGGGUACAUGGAGUCUUCUGUUGUCUUAUAAAAUUGAUGUAGAUGGGUCAGCAUGUUGAUUAAACAGGAUAGUCUGGUGGUUCCUUUUUAAACUUUGAUUAAAAUAUUUAAUAAAAAUAUUUUUAAGCAUGGGCUCUGAUACCUGAUGAUUUUAUGGAAACUCUGGCUCUGCUAUUUAUGUGCUGUUACUUAGAGUGAGCCAUUCAAUCUCUAGGUUCCAGGGUCUUUACCUGCCAAAAUCAGGAGCAACACAAAUGGCCAGUUGUAAAGAAAUGGUUAAACCAGUCUGGCACAUUUUUGGUGGCACACCAUGCAACAGUUCAAAAGGGGUAUUUUCUCCAUUUGUUGACGUGAUCACUGGGACAUGUAGUUAUUAGAAAAUAAUAAGCCCUAUUUCCUUUCGUUCAUCCUAAAAAUAAGGGAAACCAGAAGCUCUAGGGACUCACAAGUUCAAGGGUCCAGGGGAAGAGAAGCUGAGUCAGACAUCCCACUUUGUUAGGGAGGUGAGGAAAGGUCGCGAGUCAGUUUCAUAGCAUCUACCACACCUUUUAAACCGAUUCAAAAACUGCUAAAAAAGCCAGGAAGAUUUAUAUCAGCCAGUAUCUAGUUAAGAGCCAUGACCCAUACCAACUAUUUUAACAAAAAGAAUUUAUAAGAAAUUGCUGUCUGGUUCUCUAAGAAACAAGAAAGACAAAAAGAGAAUGCUAAGAUGCCAGGGGCGGGGGGCGGUGAGUAACUUGCAGCAAGCGGCUGCCCCCCCCACACCCCCCGGACUGGGAAUUAUAAUAGUGUCAACCUCAUUUUUGACGUUUGACCACUGACAGCUUUCAAGCCCUUUCCCUUCCCAUUCUGCCUCACAUCUGGGCCGCUGAUAAGCAAGCCCCAGCACUCUCUUUCAGUGCCAGAAGGGAAGUUGGUGCAAACCCUGGCUUUUUAUUUUGUGUUGGACCCGUCACUCCUAACCACUAUAAAAACCAGAGCUACUGACUACUUUCAGUCAAGGCAAACCAACAGGCUUGGGUUCCUGUCCUCUUCUGCGGCAUUUUGUGCAUAAUAAACUUUUUCACAACCUCUUGAUGUGUGUGAUGUCAUUAGUCUCAACAUGUGAACUGAUUUGAGCUGGUAUAAUACUGAUUACACCCUCACAGGGCAAGUUACAAAGCAGCAGUGGUGUUAGUAAGGCUUACAGUCAACAGCAGGCUAUUAAUUUGGGAGAGUCAAAAGUUCUACUCAGGCUUUUGACUGCAUUGGGUGGGGGGAUUUGAUGUCUCUAUUCCUGGAAUCAUUCAAGUGUCAACUGUAAUGGAUUGCUGUAGUGUCGUGUGGAUGGGAAGGUGAUCAAAUAGCUGUGAACUAGGUUGUGACUAAGGUUGUAGAGUUGAUAGUGAAAGCAACUGCUUUGACGAACUCUGCUAAGAGGUGCAGAGAGAAAAAAAUCCACCAGAUUAGUAACUGCAAACGGUUUAUUUGCUCAGCAACACGUGGGAAUAAUAGUUGCUCUUGGAGUCACUGUGUAAGUGUAUAAUAAUCUGUCUUCAAGAUCCAUGUGUGUUCUGCAAAGGCCACAUAGAUGAGUUGAAUGGGGCUGUGGUUUCAAGUCUUUGAUAGUGGCACUAAUCUUGGCAUUUUGACAGGACUGGAGUAUUACUUCAGGUAGCCCUUUUUUUGGGUAGAGGUAGUUCUAGUGGCUUCCAUUUGGCCUUUCCUACCAUAGUAGCUUUUAUUCCAUGGGUCAGGGAACGAUGUGGGAAUUCUGCAAGUUUCUGAAUAUCUGUGUUCCAAUCUGUAUAUACUGGGCAGUUAACUGCAGUGUCGAUCCAGGAAUCUACUUAACCAAAACUCCAUUGAUUACCUGACCUCCAUAUGCUCAUGCUCAGACUAGGGGACCACAUGGCACUUUGAGUUUUCUGCCAUUAGUGUCAGUUAAGAACUGUGACCUUCUUCAUGGUACACGUAACCUAGUAACCAGGACCCAGCAUUGUUUAAACUCACAGGGGACAUUCUUGAAUGAUUGCCCUAAGAUAAUAGCCCUCAUCAUAGAGGCAGGCCUGGGGAUGCCUAGGAACCAUUGAUGUGAUUUUUGAGACCAUGGCCUGGGGUGGUCUGAGAAUAUUUCCAUAGAUAACAUCAUUACAUACAACUGUUUACACAAGAAGCUUUGUACACAGAUUUGUCUUGGUCGGCGUGUCUCUUUUUGCUACCCAUAAAAGUUUUUUAUGCCCCCGCUCCCUUUAAUCUUAUUCCUCUUAAAACUUUGUUGUCAUACCGUUGUCACAUGUUCAUUCACAUUUGUUAUUUUCUGCUAAUAGCAAGUGGACUGCUCUUUGAUCAGCAGAGUCUUGCCUUGUAAGCCUGCUCACAACUCAUCUCUCUCUCAGCAUGUUCCUGGGAUGUGUUCCCUGAUACAACACAGAACCUCACUCUGGCAAUACUGGGGAAGUCUGAUUAUUACACACUCAGCAUGAGUUCGAGUCCCGGCCAAGGAGCUAACUCACAUAGUGCAGCAGACCUCUCUUGUCUUGCCUCCUGCUCCCCUCAGCAUGGGGACCACACAGCCCCGUCAAGUUGGCACAAAAUCCUUAUUUCCCAGUAUUUGGAAAGAAAGGAAGUGAUGCCAUCUGCGUGAAAUAAAAGGCUGAUUGGCAAACAAGGCAACUCGCUUCCUUAUGCGACUUCUUUUGUUUUAGUAUCUAGAGUUGUCUUAAACUCUAUAGCCAAGGAUGGUUUAUGCUGAUAUUUAUGUGAUGGGAUUUAUCAACAUGUUUGUUUCCCUAACGUCUCUGUGAUUUCUGACUUUAAGCUUUUAACUCAUUGGAAAGAGCAUUGGAAAUGUCAUCAGAAGCUAAAGGUGCUGGGGAGGGAGAAGCUCCUAUGUUCGAUUUAGCUAAGUAAUAAUCGAUGGAGACAAUUUUGAGUCCAAAUUGUGUUCAGAAAGCUUCUCACACCAGCUGAAGAAAGCAGACUAUUGAAAAGUAAGAAUUUUGCUUUGUUUUUGUUUCCAGAUACCUCUCAAGUGAACGAUUUUGUCUAUAUCAAAAUUCCUUAAAAGUGAUCACUAUGAUUGUGACUUUUGGUGAAAUGAAGCCAAUUAGAAAACUAUGUAUGGACGUUAGUGGCAGAAUGAGAAAAUGUGCAGGAAGCAGGGGCCUCACCGGGAAGUGGCAGAAAGUAAGACGGUCAGAUGCCAGAGAACUGAGCUGUGACCACAGGUUGGUGCUCCAAUAAGUACAAAGGUCAAAGGUUGAUUAUUGCCAAUCAGAAUUUUCAAAUGUGUAGAAGACAAAGCCCUCAGAGUCCGUUUUUCAAGAGCUGAAUGCUGAGGAGACAGAAGCUAGUAAAAUCUUAAGGCUGAUAAUAUUCACAGCCAGCUGAGUUUUCAAGAUCAAGUGGGACAAAGUAAUGGCAUGAGUUAACAACCUAUACCCUUGAGGAGACAGAGAUGGAGGUGCUGGGGAAAAUAGUGGGGGGGACUCACAUGGGCCAAGAUAAGUAGGGAGGGGAUAAGUGGAGAGAAGAAGCAGAGGAGACGGAAGCUGUCUUGUUCACCUUAGCAAUGGCCUCGUGCUAGGGACAGGCAGGUGGAAGUGCCUGGGAGGCUCAAGGCCUGAUAUCAAUGGAAGGUCACUGGCGGAGGCUGCUGGUGGGGAAAUCCAGGACAUAGAAGAGAGUGAGAUCAAUGGAUCACAUGAUUCAGUGGUGCUUACUAAUGGCCCCACAUCAGUUGGGUACAGCCAGUGAGAAGUAGGAUCUAAAGCUGGGCGAGUUCAAGAGGAUGGGCCAUUCCAUCUCCUGUCAGGCUGGUGGGCCAACACCCUGUGACGCAUGGCAGCUUCUGGGUCGCUGGAACAGGAAGACCCCAGGCCAGGAGUGCCUUGGUGAGGAUUCAAGAUGGGCUUUGUGAGGAUCUCAACAGAGGCAACCAUGGGGCACAGAGCCAAUUCUCAUGUAGACAGGCUGUGAAGAGGAUGGGAGGCCCAGGGUGAGCCAAAUCUUGCUGAGUAGGGAGUGGAUCUGUGAGGAAUUCCCAGCCCAAGAAGCCCUGACAUCCAUUAUUCUGAAAAUGAAGUCGCCGGACCAGAGGAGGACCUCCCCCUUGGUGUAUGAGCCUGUGUCCCAAAGAGACAUGUUUGUCUAUGUACAAACAGAAGCUGCUUAUAGGUCAUGUGAUGGGACUGGCAGAAGCCAAGAGCUGUGGGGCGGGGAAGGGCAGAUGCCAGGGACACUGUGACAGAGGGGAUCAAGUUGGUGAGGUAUGUGUAUGACUGUGCUGGAGAGUGUGAGUUCACCAGGCGGAAUCUAGGCCAGGGUGGGGUGGGAAACACUUUACACAACAAAGAUAAGGUUGCUAGGAGCCCCCCAGUCUUCUGAGGCUCCUCCUCUGAAGCUCCUUCCAACAGACUCCUCCACCUCAGACCUUUUGACAGCUAUGUCUAGGAAUCAGUUUGGACAUGGGAAGAAACCU